AAGAGAAGAGCUAGAGGGGGGAGAGAAAGAGGCAGAGCAAGGCAAAAGAAGUUAUCUAAGCUCAGAGCUCCCACAAAUCACUUUGUCACCAGCAAGCUCUGACAAGCAGGAGGAGAGAGAAAGAGUACGAGCAGAGACUCGAGUAAAACAGAGGUGCGAAUAGGGAGUGUUGUCGGUGGAGCCUCGAAGGAAGAAGGUGUGAAGAAACUGUAGAGGGAAAUAACGAGGUGAUACUGCUGGAUGGACAGAGGGAAGAUAGAAGAGAGACGAGACUGAAAUCCAGUUCCCAAAACAGCAUAAGUUAAGGGGGACGGCUACUGCUGUUGUUACUGCCGCUGUGUCUGGAUGGUACAUCACCAUUUAAAGAAGCAUUUGACAGCUCUGUUCUGGACUUGCUUCAUCCUGUGGGACGUCACUGGGUUACCUGUUUGGCUGAGUCAGAGGCUGGGUCAUCACUGGAUGUCUGUCUGCUCACUGGGAUUCUUUCCAUCUGUUUCAAUGCAAAUAAGACAGAUGUGUUAGGUACUUUUUACAGCAGCAGUGACAGCCGUGGUGGUGAAUUUUCAGGACUCUCCACACUGCUGUAAUUGUUUUGUCGUGUGUAAACACUUUGCGUCAGUGACACCUCUCCACUGAGUGAUUCACUGUUCCCAAAGGAUCCCCGGUUGGAGGAAGGCAUUGAAAGGGAAGUCGGAGGAGCUUUUAUUAAGAACCAAAGAACACAAGUGACUGAACAGACAGGUUGUCAACAUGAAAUUGUGGUUCUUGAUAUUGAUGGUCGUGUACAUGGUGGGCAGUGUACAUAAUCUGUCUACAUGUAACACUGUGGACUUGGAGAUGGUGAAGAAAAAACGCAUUGAGGCCAUUAGGAGCCAGAUCCUCACCAAACUGCGUUUGCAAAAAGCGCCAGAUGAGGCUGGGGAGAAGGAAGAGAUCCCUGCCAACUUGCUAUCACUCUACAACAGCACCAGUGAGAUUCUGCUGGAGAAGCAGGAUGAGGAGCAGAAAAUCAUCCCCAGAGAACAAGAGGAGGAGGAAUACUUUGCCAAGGUGCUUAACAGGUUCAACAUGACCACAAAAAAUGACACAAACAUCAACUACAAGCCCAAAGUCAUCUCAAUGAGCUUCAACAUCUCUGAGAUACGGAGUAACGUCGGGGAUGGCCUGCUACUCACCAGAGCAGAGCUACGGAUGCUCAUCAAGGAGCCCAUGAUUUUGAAUGAGGAGAGAGUGGAGCUAUACCAUAGCCAGGGGACCUCGACUCAUUACCUUGCAUCUCGCUUUGUCACAAACACGCUGAAGGACAAAUGGCUGUCCUUUGAUGUCACUGAACCUCUGCAGACCUGGCUCCAAGGGAAUGAGAAUGAACAGAAGUUUGAACUUCGGCGGUACUGUGAAUGCGGCAAUAACGAUGAUACGUUAAGUUUUAGCAUCUCUGGGACUAUGAGCAGGAGGGGAGACACUAAAGACUUACAGAAGCUGAACCAGCAGCUACCCUACAUCUUUACCAUGUCCAUCCCUAAAACCAACCACUCUAAGAGUUUACGCACAAAACGUUCCACUGACACGACGGACAGCUGCGGCACCCAAUCACACAACUGCUGUUUGAAGAAACUGUACAUUGACUUCAGGAAAGAUCUAGGAUGGAAGUGGAUCCAUAAGCCAACGGGUUACUAUGCUAACUACUGCAUGGGGUCCUGCACCUAUAUCUGGGAUGCCGAAAACAAAUAUUCUCAGAUUCUGGCACUGUACAAACAUCAUAACCCAGGAGCUUCUGCCCAGCCCUGCUGUGCGCCACAGACACUAGAGCCACUGCCAAUCAUCUACUAUGUGGGGAGGCAACACAAGGUCGAGCAGCUGUCCAAUAUGAUCGUGACGUCCUGCAAGUGUAGCUAAAAAUAUAAUAUGGCACACAGCUCUGCCUCCUCCUCUCAAAACACAGAGGGAAAGAAGACGUGUUGGAGACUAAAGAUAAGAGCAAGUGACGGAGAAUUUGAGAUAAUGUGGACAUGGGGAACAAAAUAUUUUAAAGCUUUUUGAUGCACAUUAAGCCAUGGACCUCUUUUUUUUUUCAUAUUAACGAUUAUAGUUUUUAUACGUACAUUUACCUUGCAGUAGUAAAAUUGUCUGUCUUGAAAUAAAUUAAUUUAUUUGUUGCAUUGACAGGUGUCUAAAGAAUAAUAAUGUGCAUAAAAGAAGCGUCUGAGACAAUAAAAUUUGGACAAAAAAGCACGAGGACAAUAAUGAACGUUCAUGGAAGAAUAUCCAUAUUCAGAGAUGAAAACGUGGGACAUUUCAGAUGGCCACAUCAUCGUCCAAAACAGGUCCUGGUGAAAGGUGCUAAAUUACAGGUGGAAAACCAGGGAUGUUGGGGUUUUCCUCGAAGAUAAGGCUGUAGGUGUUUUUCGCAUGGCUACAUCAUGAAGGACAGAAAAAAACACAGGGAGAGUCCAACCUGGGGAAAGUCCCUUUUGACUGAAAGGCUGGACUUUCAUUUUACAGGAACCGUCCAUUAGUUUUAUUUUGUUUUUUCAACUCACGUGACUUCUAAAAUGCAUUUUAUCAGUAUGUUUCUGUUCAUAAUGUUCAUAACUAAAUGUCAGAUUGUCCUUUAACCCUACUGGUUUUUCAAAGCCAGAGGCACUAUCAGCUGUGUAAGAGUGAUGACAUCAUGUUUUUAUGCCUCUGGGGACUUACCGCCGUACAUGUUCUCUAUAAAUGGACGCAUGGUGGUAGUGCUGAUAUGAGUAAGGCCAUUAAUACUUAUUGUUUUAUUCUAUUUUGUUUCAAAAUCAUGGUAAAUUAUUUUAAUUUCAGGACGUUUCACAAGGAACUCAAGAACUGGUCUGGCUUCUAUGACUCGCAUUAGGAAUAAAACCAACACAUUAUUUCAGCUUUUCUGUGUUUUUAUGGUGCACCUACUUUUGAAAUGUCUAUUUGUAAAUAUUCAAAAAAAAGAAAUAAACAUGUUAAAUUAU